GAGCCAGAACAAGAGGCUGAGAAGUGUCUUUAGGACAGAGAAAUACAUAACUGGAUUGGUGGGAAAGCGAUCGUCUUCUCGUGGGGGAAUCCGCGGGCACCUGGGAGGCUGAAAUAACCGAGCCACUGCAAAAAACCCGAGCCCUUGUCUGGAUCUGCCUACAAACCAGAUGGAAAAAUUUAAAGCUCUAGAACAGCUGCUUACGGAACUUGAGGAUUUUCUGAAGAUACUGGAUGAAGAGAACCUCAGCAGCACAGCUGUAGUGAAAAAAUGCUUCGUUUCUGACCUCCUGCGAGUGUACACAAAGACAAGCAGUGGUGAUGAGGAAUACAUUUACAUGAACAAAGUGACCUCGGUUAAACAAAAGGAUGGACAGGAGAAAGAAGGUAGAGCACUGGAUUGCGGAGAGUCUUUGUCCAAUGGGGAAUCAGGACACCAUUCAUCUCCUCCUCAGAAGAGUCUGCCGGACCUUCCUCCUCCAAAAAUAAUUGCAGAAACGAAACUGCCUUCGAUCCCCAAGAUUGAGUCUCCAGAGGCAUAUUAUGAAGAGGCUGAGCCAUAUGAUAUCUCUGUGAAUGAAGACGGAGAAGCAGUCAGCAGCUCAUACGAAUCCUAUGAUGAAGAAGAGAGCAGCAAAGGGAAGUCAGCAACCCACCAAUGGCCAUCCACUGAAGCCACCAUUGAGCUGAUGAAAGAUGCCCGUAUCUGUGCUUUUCUCUGGAGGAAGAAAUGGCUGGGACAGUGGGCCAAACAGCUGUGUGUCAUUAAGGACACUAGGUUGCUGUGCUACAAGAGCUCCAAGGACCACACCCCUCAGCUUGAUGUGAACUUGCUGGGCUGCAGUGUCAUACACAAGGAAAAGCAAGUGAGGAAGAAAGAACACAAGCUGAAGAUCAUUCCGAUGACUGCAGAUGUGAUUGUGCUGGGCUUGCAGAGCAAGGACCAGGCAGAGCAGUGGCUCAGAGUAAUCCAAGAGACCAGUGGCCUUCAAUCUGAAGGAGUGGGUGAAGGAAAUCAAUACGUUCCAGACUCCCACCGUCUUAGUUACCUCAAGGCGGACUUGUCCGAGAGGCAUUCUGUGGCAUCAGAGAGCGGGAGCAGCACGGACGGCCACCCGGAAUCCAUUGAAACAAAAGAUGUCAAGAAGAAGGGUACAACUGGCCUUAAACUGAGCAACCUGAUGAACCUUGGGAGAAAAAAAUCCAGCUCAUUGGAGAGUCCAGAGAGGACACUAGAAACUUCCAGUUACCUGAACAUACUAGUGAACAGCCAGUGGAGAUCCCGUUGGUGUCACAUAAAAAAUGGUCACCUCCAUUUCUACCAGGACAAGAAUAGAAGUAAAUCUGCACAGCAACCUCUGAGUCUGGUGGGCUGUGAAAUUAUUCCAGACCCCACCCCUGACCAUCUCUAUUCUUUCCGUAUUCUGCACAGUGGGGAAGAACUAGCCAAAUUAGAGGCCAAGUCUUCUGAGGAAAUGGGCCAUUGGCUGGGCCUCCUCUUAUCAGAGUCAGGCUCGAAAACGGACCCAGAAGAGUUCACCUAUGAUUAUGUUGAUGCUGACAGGAUUUCCUGCAUCGUGAGUGCUGCAAAGAAUUCAUUCUUCUUAAUGCAAAGGAAGUGCUGUGAGCCCAACACCUAUAUCGAUAACCUGCCGAAGAUAAGGACCCAGGAGGAGGAACUCUACGAUGACGUGGAUCCGCCGGAGGGGACCAUGGAAGAAAUACCCCAAAGCGAAAGCAAAGAUGAAGAGGACCCAGACAAAGUGUACCUAGACCUCACACCGGUUAAAUCCUUCCUGCACUCCGCUGGCAGGAAACCGGCACAGCCAUCACCUCCACUCUCUCCAUCUGUGGACUACGGAACGGAAACACCCCUAUUGGCUAAGGAAGCAGAGCCCCGUAGAACGUCAUUGGAAAUCCCAGACCAGACACUUCAGGAGAAGAUGGAGCCGGAAGAGUCACCAUCAAAGACAACCACUGUCAAAAUCCAGAUGCAGCAGCAGAAAAUCGCCUUCCCCCAGAGCAGUCCUGAGAUCAAAGCCUCUCGCACAGUUACGGCCAGUCCACAGUUAGCGUCGGCGCCCAGAGAGAAAGUGGAAUGGCCCAAGGUGGCAAAUACAGUGCCUGUAGAAACCAAACUGGGCAAGAACAGGAUGGAAGCUGAGGUGAAGCGGUACACAGAGGAGAAGGAGCGGCUGGAGAAGGAAAAGGAGGAAAUCCGAUCUCAGCUGACCCAGCUUCGGAAGGAGAGACGGGAGCUGAAAGAGACGUUAGCUAGCUGCCCAGAUAGCAGCCUGGUGGCUAAUGUGGAGCAGAAGCUGAAGGAAAUAGAUGAGGAGUGCAAAAAGAAAGAGAGCAGGAGGGUUGACCUGGAGCUGAGCCUUGUGGAAGUGAAAGAGAACCUGAAGAAAGCAGAGUCUGGCCCGGUGACACUUGGCACAGCUGUGGACACCACACACCUGGAGAACGCAAGCCCCAAGGUCAAAAUGGCCAGCCCGGCAAGUAGCACAGAGAACUCCCCGGUCAACUCGGCAACAGCUUUAAAAAACAGGCCUUUAUCCAUCAUGGUUACAGGGAAAGGGACAGUUCUACAGAAAGCUAAGGAAUGGGAGAAAAAAGGAACCAGUUAGGAUGACUCCAUUUUCAAGGAUGGACUAAAAAGACUGGAAUUGCCCAUACGUGGACCAGAAGAUUCAGUCAUCUGUAGGCAAAGGGCCAGGCUAGAGCGGCAAGCUAUCCUGUCCUCUAUCACCACCCUGUGCCGUUUGCUCAGUCAGAAGGAGUGGGACAGUCUGCGAUCAUCCCAAACCAUCCUGCCCAUUCCCAUGGCACAGCUGAGAAUAACACAAGUGGCAACCUUUGCAUCAGCUUCCUAACCUGAUUGAUGUAAACAAGACUGUUACGGUACAGAGGGCUGGUUUGCGUAUGUCUACUCUGAAGUUUUAUCAUUGCAUUAUUCAUGUUUCUUUAUUAGUGAGAACUCCCCUUAGAGCAGAGUCAGAGGGGGAUGUGGUGCUUGUCUUUACAGGCCUGUGCUUUCUAUACUCAACUAUCAGAGGGGCAGCCGUGUUAGUCUGGAUCUGUAAAAGCAGCAAAGAGUCCCGUGGCACCUUAUAGACUAACAGACGUAUUGGAGCAUGAGCUUUCAUGGGUGAAUACCCACUUCGUCGGAACUGUCACCCCCAGCCUGUGUCCAUGCAGAAGUAGGGAAAAACCCCUUCUACUGAGAUGUGAAACCUGCACCAUGGAAUGGGAAGCAGCAUUAGCCAGGCCUAGGAAGUCAGGGUAGAGGUGUGUUAGAAGGAAGCGAGGGGGAGCUAAGCGUAAAACCUUCUCCACGUACAAGUCAAGUCUUGGAAUAACUGUCAGGGAUAGGAACCAUGUAGCCACCUCAACUUCUCAGAACCAUUUCCCAGCCUUUCAUGUGCCAGAAUACAAGGACGAGCCCUGCUUAAUUGUCUGUCUAUAAAGGGGCAGGUUUUGGAGCCUAGUUCAAAGGGAUAUACCCAAAAGCUGUUGCCAGGAGAUUGAAUUCAGCUUGCUUUAUGGAAAUUGUGAGUAUUGUCAAAGAGCCAGAGCCUCAACUGAGAACAAUAGGAUAGUGUUGGAGGUUACCUAGGAAGGCCUAUUAGCAAUGGUUGUUAUAAAAUGAGAGAGUAGCAUGCAACCUCUUCAAAUUAUGCAGCUUGGGGUUGCUCUAAAACCCUGGCUGGCGUUUAGGGAUUUUUACAACUGAAAAAUGGCCCCUGGAGAUGGAAGCCUGGUUGGCAAGGACUGAGUCCCAGCCACCCUUCCCAAUAGUAACUGUUGCUCAUUGAUUUUGCUCUUCUAAAGUUAAACAUGAGAGGAGAUGAAAUAAUCAGCUCAAUGACAGUGCUGGUGUCCUGGGGACAGCCCCCCCCUCCCACCCCGCCUUCCUAGCCUGUGGAACUGGCAUGCUCCUUCACUAUCGAGCUAGGUUGGAUUAGCUUUUCUAGAGCCCCUGGUUCUGUAGGCUGCCGUACCAAAGGACACUUCACGGCAGCUCUCAGCGCCCCAGGACUGCAGUCCCUAGGGAUGCUCCAGCACUGGGGGCAGACCCUGCAGCCAAUUCCACAGCAUGGCCUCCUGCCUGCUAACCAGCACAGCAGGCAAGGAGCUCUAAGAGGGGAUGCUGACAGAUUUCCUCAGCCCUGGUGUUUCUCCAAGACCAAGAGUGGUCUCAGCCUUUAACACUGUGCAUGGUCAGCAGCUCCUCCAUGGGGCAAUUAACCCACAGGGGCUGGACAAGGAACUACAAGCAGGGCCGGCUCCAGCAUUUUUGCUGCCCCAAGCAUCAGGGAGAAAAAAAAGCGGCG